AUGUCAAACGACGCUUCAAAAGACAUUCCCGGGGCGUUUCCUGGGGAUGACGGGAAGGAUAGGCCGUCGCGCUCGCGCUCCCCUCUCCAGAACUUCUUGGUUGAGAAGUCAACUGCAUUAUCGCCGACACGAUUGAUAUCGCAUUCGUUCUCUUCAGCUUCUGUGAUUGGUAAACGUGGGCUCAGUUCGGGGUUGGAAGCGCUGCGGCUCUCGCGGCCCGACUCGCCACUUUCAUCCGGCAGGACAAGAGAAGAGACCCUGGGAAAGGACUAUGGUCGUCCCGUUGAUGGAAUGGCUAAGUCGAUUGUGACGAUGCUGACAGCUGCCAGUAUGUAUGCCGGAUUAACUGAAUUUGAGGCAGGCCAAGGGGAUGAAGUGUUGGCGGAGGAUGAGAUAGUCACUGACGAGACAAGUGAAGCUGGCCUGGGUGAGCCUGGCGAAGCUGGUGGGCCUGCUGAAUCUUAUGGUGAGCCAGUUGGUGGAGUUUCUGGAGCUCUGGGGGUUGCUUCGAGUAAGCCAGUUGAAUCUUAUGAGCCCACUACUGAUGAACCCUCCAUACCUCCUCCAGUUGUUCAAUCCACCAACCCACUGGACUCGAUGAAUCAGCUCAGAAGGAGACCAACACUUUUUGAACUCUCGGUUGUCAAUAAACUCACAUCCGCAACUAAGGACUCGUGCACCAGCCAGGAGCGAGCUUCCGCGAUUUCCGCAAAACUGCAGCAGACGUUCGAUAUCGCGCCCAACGACGAGUUCAUCAAUGAUUACCCAUGCUGGUUGCUACGCGAUGUCCUUCUCCAGGGACAUCUCUACAUCACCAAGUUCCACGUAUUGUUCUUCGCUUACUUGCCUAAGAAGCAGGGCUCCAUUGCCAAGCGUGGUUCUCUCUCGGUGAAAUCGUACCCCAGCCAUAGGCUCCACAGGAAAUGGGCAAUUCUACGAGACAACACGUUCUCGCUGUACUCAGACUCGACGGAACUGUAUUUCCCAAGUUUGGUACUGGACUUGAGGUAUGCUUUGAGAGCCGAGAUCGUCCACGAGGGAAAGGAUCCCAACGUGGCGACUUGGUUCCGCAUCAUAACGGAAUCACGCUCUUAUUCGUUUGAGGCUGAUUCCCUGGAUGCUGCUCGUGGCUGGGUCAGCGUCAUCAAGAAACAAAUUUUUUCAGCACGAAAUAAAAAGGGUCAUGCUACUAUCAAGAUGCCCUUGAAGAACGUCAUGGAUGUCCAACUUGAUACGAUUCUUGGCAAUGCUCAGAGCGUUAAGAUCAAGGUUUUGGAGAGCUCUGAAAGUUUUGCUUUGGAUGAUUACUUCUUGAUCUUCUUCAACGGGGCUACGAAUGUAGUUGCAGAUAUCGAUCAAGUUUGGAAAGACGAUGAUGCGGCUGCGUCGCGGGAACUUUCUGACUCGACAGAGUCUGUCGUCGAAAGUAUAGUUAAGCCAGAACAGGAAACAGAGCCUAUAGUUGAAGAUGAUGAUGAGAGCCGAUACCGGCUUUCCAAGCUGACCGGUUCUGCUAAGUCACUGGUGCAGGGAAUUGUGAAUAUUCCCACCAACCUGACCCAUAACCUCUGGAAAACGUCGUUUUUCCAUUACGAUGACCGCAUCGCAAUGGAAAUGGGACAGGAUUCGAACUUGGUGAUGGACUCAAAACAGCGGAGUAUCUCAAAUUCCCGUUUUCGCGAGCAUUUUCAGCUCCCAGAGACUGAAACACUGAUAUCUGUGUAUUAUGCCCAUCUCCAGCGCAAUAUCCCACUAUACGGAAAGAUCUACAUUGGUACGAACGAGAUCUGCUAUCGAUCACUGAUUCCGGGCACAAAAACGCUGAUGAUUCUUCCUUUCUCGGAUAUUGAGACUGUUCACAAAGAGAAGGGCUUCCGGUUUGGCUAUUCGGGGCUGGUGGUGGUCAUUCAUGGCCAUGAGGAGCUCUUUUUUGAGUUUGGAUCUUCCGAAUCUCGUGACGAUUGCGAGCAUGUGCUACUAAAACAGGUCGACAAAUUCCGGGUGGUAUCCGAGAGCACCAGCGAGAGUUCUGAUGAUGUGAGACUGGCUGAUUCUCCACGAAACCCAAUAGCAGAUGCGAGAUUGCGACUUUUUGAGAAUAAGAUGAAUGAUUUCGUGGGAGUUGACGUUCCCAUUAUCGUUGAGGAUGAUCCUUACGAAGAGACGGUUUUCAAGCCCAGUAAGUCGUAUCGUUUCACGCUUCUCACAAUUGGUUCCCGUGGAGAUGUCCAGCCAUACAUAGCCUUGGGGAAGGGCCUACUUGCUGAGGGUCAUCAGGUGAAGAUAGCCACACAUAAGGAGUUCGAGGGGUGGAUUUUGAGUCAUGGGCUCCAGUUCGCCGAAAUUGCAGGAGAUCCGGCAGAGUUGAUGUCUCUAAUGGUGCAGCAUGGCACCAUGAGCGUCGCAUUUCUGAAGGACGCCUCGUCGAGGUUCCGUGGCUGGAUUUCAGAACUUUUGGCUUCUUCGUGGGAAGCCUGUCAGGACACGGAUGUAUUGAUUGAAUCUCCCAGCGCAAUGGGAGGUCUCCAUAUUGCGGAGAAACUCAAAAUCCCCUAUUUUCGUGCUUUUACGAUGCCAUGGACCAAGACUAGAGCUUAUCCGCAUGCCUUUAUAGUUCCAGACCAGAAGAGAGGUGGUUCCUAUAACUAUCUUACUCAUGUUAUGUUCGAGAAUGUGUUUUGGAAAGGAAUAUCUGGUCAGGUGAACAAAUGGCGAGUCGAGACCCUUAAACUGAAGAAAACAAACCUCUCACGGAUGAAACAGUACAAAGUGCCGUUUAUGUACAAUGUCUCACCUACCGUGUUGCCUCCAUCGGUUGAUUUUGCCGAAUGGGUGAAUGUGACUGGUUAUUGGUUUCUUGAUGAAGCCAACCAUUUUGAGCCCAAUAAAGCGCUGGUUGAGUUCAUAGCUAAAGCUCGUUCAGACGGAAAGAAAGUGGUCUAUAUUGGAUUCGGAUCUAUAGUGGUUAGCGAUCCAAAGGAGCUGACCCAGGCAGUAGUGGAUGCCGUUGUUGAUGCUGAUGUGAGGUGCAUUCUCAACAAAGGUUGGUCUGACCGCUUGGGAGCCAAGACAGAAAUCGAAGUUGAACUACCCGAGCAGGUGUACAAUGCCGGGUCGGUGCCGCAUGAUUGGCUAUUUCCCCAGAUUGAUGCGUGUGUUCACCACGGAGGCAGCGGAACUACUGGAGCAAGUAUGAGGGCUGGGCUUCCAACUAUCAUAAAGCCUUUCUUUGGAGACCAGUUCUUCUAUGCUGGUCGUGUGGAAGAUAUGGGUGCCGGGUUCUUUCUCCGGAAACUGAACGCCAAAAGUCUGUCAAAGCUGUUGAGACAGGCUGUUAGUGAUAGGAGAGUGAUUGAGACUGCCCGUGCUGUUAGUGAGAAGAUCCGGCGCGAAAACGGUGUGGAGAAGGCCAUUGAAAUCAUCUAUACGGAGAUGGAGUAUGCUCGCAAGCUCAGUGUGAGCAAGCAAGGAGAUGACGAGCCUGAGGAGGAAGAGAGUCUGGAUUCGUGGCUUUUGGUAUAG